AUGAACACCUCUGAGUUCCUGGCCUUGCUCCUGCCAGGCUCCUCACAGGGUGGGAACAGGAGCAGAGCAAGUGACAUCUUCUACAACUUCUCUGACUACUGUCAAGAUUCGGUGGACCUACUGGCUGUCAUCAUCACUUGCUAUAGCAUCGAGACCAUCUUGGGGAUCCUAGGCAACCUCUGCUUGAUAUAUUUGACCACGAGGCAGAAGGAGAAGGGCAAUGUGACCAACCUGCUUAUUGCCAACCUGGCUUUCUCUGACUUCCUCAUGUGCCUCAUCUGCCAGCCGCUCACGGUCAUCUACACCAUCAUGGACCACUGGAUCUUCGGUGAGGUCCUUUGCAAGAUGUCAACCUUCAUCCAGUGUAUGUCCGUGACCGUUUCCAUCCUCUCGCUGGUCCUUGUGGCCCUGGAGCGGUACCAGCUCAUCAUCAACCCGACAGGCUGGAAGCCUGGCGUUUCCCACGCCUACCUGGGGAUUGCAGUCGUGUGGAUCAUUGCCUGCUUCAUCUCCCUGCCCUUCUUGAUCCACAGCAUCCUCAAGAAUGUCUACAAGGACCACUUUCAGGCUCUGGAGUUUCUGGAGGACAAGGUGGUGUGCUUCGUGUCCUGGCCCCUGGACCACCACCACGUCAUCUACACCACCUUCCUGCUGCUCUUUCAGUACUGCGCCCCACUCGGGUUCAUCCUGGUCUGCUACGUGCGCAUCUACCGGUGCCUGUGGAGGCAGAGGCGAGUGUUCCAGGAGGGCACUUGCAGCUCCCGAGCAGGUCAGAUGAAGCGGAUCAACCGCGUGCUCAUGGCCAUGGUGGCUGCCUUCGCGGUGCUCUGGCUGCCCCUGCACGUGUUCAACACCCUGGAGGACUGGCAUCAUGAGGUCAUCCCUAUCUGCCACGGCAAUCUCAUCUUCCUGAUGUGCCACCUGGUGGCCAUGGCCUCCACCUGCGUCAACCCUUUCAUCUACGGUUUUCUCAACACCAACAUCAAGAAGGAAGUGAAGGCCCUGGUGCUGAUCUGCCAGCAGAGUGCGCCCCCGGAGGAGUCUGAGCACCUGCCCCUCUCCACAGUGCACACAGACGUCUCCAAAGGAUCUCUGAGGUUAGCUGGCAGGUCUCACCCCAUUUAGUCAU